AUGGCCAAAAUCAAUACUCAGCACUCGUAUCCUACCACACACAGAAUCUCAGUCAGGACCAUUGAUGAAGAUCUAGAAAGAGUUGAAAAUGGCACCAGCAGGGCUCAUUCCUCAUGUGAGGAUUCCGCAUCAGAACUGCAGCAAGUGAUUACUGUGGAGACCAGAGCCCCGUCUGAAUCCUGCCAAGGUUCCUUCACAAGCCUGAGGCCAGCCAGGCUAUCACGGCUCAUUCUUUCCCUUAGAGCAUGGGCUACAAGACAUAUAAGUCGUGAAGACCAAAGACCAGAUUCCUUCCUGGAGCGUUUCCGAGAGGGAGAACUCAACGAGUUGUCCAGCCGAGAAAGCUACACCCAGUCCAAAUUAGGCAUCCAAGAGGUGUCGGACAGAGGGAAAAGCAAAAAGGAGGAAAAAAAGGAGGAAAAGAAGGAAAAGGAAGAAGAGAAAAAAGAUAAACCUUCAAAGGAAGUAGAAAGGAAGAAAGAAAUCUUUGUGAUAGACCCUUCUAGCAACCUGUACUAUAGGUGGCUGACCAUCAUUGCCAUCCCUGUCUUCUAUAACUGGUGCAUGCUUGUGUGCAGAGCCUGUUUUGAUGAACUUCAAAGUGACCACUUGAUGCUAUGGCUGGUCUUGGAUUAUACUGCUGAUGUCAUCUAUGUUUUGGACUUGCUGGUUCGAAUAAGGACAGGCUUUCUUGAACAAGGUUUAAUGGUCAAGGAUGCAGAGAAACUCAGAAGGCACUACAUGAAGAUGUUCCAGUUCAAGCUGGAUGUACUCUCUCUGGCCCCCACUGAUCUGGCUUAUUUAAAAGUGGGGCUGAACUACCCUGAGUUGAGAUUCAACCGCCUGCUGAAAUUCGCCCGGCUAUUUGAAUUCUUUGACCGCACGGAGACUAGGACCAACUAUCCUAACAUGUUCAGGAUUGGAAAUCUUGUCCUGUACAUUCUGAUCAUCAUCCAUUGGAAUGCAUGUAUCUACUUUGCCGUUUCCAAGCUUAUUGGAUUUGGAACUGAUUCCUGGGUUUACCCCAACAUCUCUAUCCCAGAAUAUGGGCGCCUGUCCAGGAAAUAUAUUUAUUGUCUCUACUGGUCCACCCUGACUCUGACUACCAUUGGGGAGACUCCACCGCCUGUCAAAGACGAGGAGUACCUCUUUGUGGUGAUUGACUUCCUGGUGGGAGUGCUGAUCUUUGCCACCAUUGUGGGUAAUGUUGGCUCCAUGAUCUCCAACAUGAAUGCCUCCAGGGCUGAAUUCCAGGCCAAAAUCGACUCCAUAAAGCAGUACAUGCAAUUCCGAAAAGUGACCAAGGACUUGGAGACCCGGAUCAUCAGGUGGUUUGACUACCUGUGGACCAACAAGAAGACAGUCGAUGAAAAGGAAGUACUCAAAAGCCUCCCAGACAAGCUGAAGGCCGAGAUUGCCAUCAAUGUACACCUGGAUACCCUGAAAAAGGUACGUAUUUUCCAGGACUGUGAGGCAGGCCUCCUAGUGGAGCUGGUCCUAAAGCUUAGGCCUGCCGUGUUCAGCCCUGGUGAUUAUAUCUGCAAGAAGGGGGAUAUUGGGAGAGAAAUGUACAUCAUCAAAGAAGGGAAGCUGGCGGUAGUGGCUGAUGAUGGCAUCACUCAAUUUGUGGUCCUUAGCGAUGGAAGCUACUUCGGGGAAAUCAGCAUCUUAAACAUCAAAGGGAGCAAAUCUGGAAAUAGAAGAACAGCCAAUAUCAGGAGCAUCGGUUACUCUGAUCUAUUCUGCUUGUCCAAAGAUGACUUAAUGGAGUCCCUCACUGAAUAUCCAGAAGCCAAAAAGGCCCUGGAAGAGAAGGGACGGCAGAUUCUAAUGAAGGACAACUUGAUAGAUGAGGAUGCGGCUGGGAGAACAGACCCAGUGGACAUGGAGGAGAAGGUGGAGAGACUUGAGUCUUCCCUGGAUAAUUUACAGACCAGAUUUGCUAGGCUCCUGGCAGAAUAUAAUGCCACCCAAAUGAAAGUCAAGCAGAGACUCAGUAAACUCGAGAGCAAAGUAAAGACUUGUGGGAGUGACUUGUCGGAUGCAGAGAGCAUUGUUGACGGAGAUGCCGAAAAAGCUAAGGGCAAAAACCAAUAA